GCCAAAGAAGAAGAAACGGCUUGCGAAGGAAGACUCAAAAUCCAACUCCCAAGUGCAUAUCGCCAUUUCUCAUGGAACCAGAAAGCUUCGACCAUUUUUUUCUCCUUCUUGCCCGAAAUGGCGCUCUUUGCUUCUCUAGCGGACAAGAUCGGAGGGGUCGUGAAGGGCAUCUUCCCUCCCAAAGGCGCACAUUCAUCUAGGCACAACCCGGAUUCAUCUUCGGGGAAGAUAAUGGGCAAUUUUGAAGAACAAGAAGGCCUCUACUAUCUCACUAGUUCUUCCUUAAAACCAAAGCCACCAGCUACUCUCUCUAUAUCUAGUUCAAUAAAUUCAGAGAUAAAGGAAGUAAAGAAUUUACAUCAAGAAGCAAUUUCUGAAAUAAUGAAGUUAGCCGACAAGCAGGGCAACAUUGAAGACAUGCUUCCCUUUAAAUUUGGCAAAGGAUGGCCUUCCCCAAAACGAACUACACAAGUGAAAGGAAUAAUUGAUGUGGUUGGAUUUUUGAUGUUUGGGGAAAAUGAUGUCCAACAAUCAUCUGAGGUUCUUCAUAGAGCUGGAAUAAAGACAGGCAUUAAUACAAGGUUAAUAUUUGAGACAUUUGUCCGGCAUAAAGAUUCUCUAAUUGCAGAGUUUGUGACUGGGCAUGGUCAUGCUCUGGCGUUGGAAAAUCUGAUGUACUCAACGCAUCUUAGAAAAUUAGCAUCUUCAAUCUUCAUCGCGUUAGGCGCACAAGGUGGUCACUUUGCCACCAGCCAUCAAAAUCAUAAGCAGGUUCAUUGUCGUAGUGGUUUUGCUCCAUCUUGGCCACCUUUAUUUGACCAACAUCAUGAUGGUGCUAUUGGUAUAUCAUUUAAAAGAUCAAAGAUAAAAGCUUCUUUUACUGAAUUGUUUUCUGGCAUUGGAAUGCCACAUGAUUCUUCUAGUGAAAGGACUUUCUUGAGCACAUUUGCAAGAGUUUCUUAUCAACCAUCUGAGGAGGUGAGAGUAAACAUUUCCGGUCUUUGGCAAAGUCCAGCAACUGGCUUUAUGAAGUUUGGCACACUUGCCGUGCCACUCAACAAUGUGAGACAACAAACUGGAUCUAGUGGUGCUGCUCAAGCAUCUAAGAUUAAAAAAGAAUCAGUUGACACUCCAUUAACAAAGUCACCAGGAGCAAUUGCAAUAAUGCUAGAUUCAGAGGUCGACGACGGCACCAAACUAGGGGUUUGGUUGGAGGUGCAGAAGUCAAAUUCAGGCAUCCUGAAAUGGGGGAUGUUUUUAUCUGAUAUCCCUUACGAAGAGGUAGGAUGGGGUUUGAAAGUGAGAGGAAUGGCCAAAGGUCAACUUGAUCUCCAGAUGGAAGCCUUUCUACACUUUAGUCUUGGCAGCAACUUUAUGUUGCAACCGGGCGUUGUAUAUGUGACGGAAGGGCGUACCAGAAUUCCUGCAUUCAUAUUUCAGUCCAGUUGGUGUAUGUAAUCAUUUGAAAUCUUAUGGAGAUGUACUGGUCCUGUAUAUUUAGCAAAGCAUCCAUUUCACUAGCACAGGGCAGUCUUCAUUUUCUUCAAUUCACAGGUCCUGCUAUUGUUUUAUUCAGUUAUUCUCUAGUUGAGGAAAUACUUGACGAUUAAAGGGAAUGAGAGAUUUAAUUUGAGACAGUUGUUGCUUUCUGAGUUUGGUUUGUAAAGCAUCAGUCUUAAAUUACCGUCUACUUUGUAGUCAUAUGCAUAGUCUGUGGCAGUGUAAAAACCCU